CGAAAUGAUUGUGUUGGUGGCAAUUUGCAGCUUCUUAAUUGUUUCUCAGCUGUCCUCGGCACAAGACUGCCUGAGCAGAGAUUUCGGCAACGACGGUACCGUCUGCGUCUGCAAUGCGGACCACUGCGACACCCUCGCUCCCAUCGCUAAAGUCCAGAAGGGCACAUACGCUUCUUUCACGUCGAAUCUCGACGGUUUGAGGUUCAAAAAGGACGAAGGCAGUCUCGAAGCAUCGACAGAGAACGCAACGAAUCUGAUAAACAUCGGUAAGAAAACCUACCAGGAGAUCCUCGGUUUCGGCGGAGCGUUCACCGACGCAACAGGAAUCAAUAUUAAAAGUUUAAGCGAAGAUGUGCAAGAUAAAUUAAUACAAGCAUAUUUCUCGGAAAACGGUUUGGAAUACAAUAUUGGUAGAGUUCCAAUUGGAGGAACCGAUUUCUCAUUGGAAGGAUACUCCUACUGUGACACCGAAAACGAUACAGCUGAUCCACAAUUAACCCAAUUCAACUUAACAUCGGCCGAUCAUGAUUACAAAAUUCCAUUCAUCAUUAAAGCUCUUGAAUUGACCAACAAUAAACUAGAUUUGUUUGGUUCUGCUUGGAUAGCCCCGAACUGGAUGAAAACCAUUCCUGGAUUUUUGGCUCGAGAUUCUUUUAUUAAAGACGAGUUUUACCAAGCCUGGGCGGAUUAUUUUGUGAAAUUCCUCCAAGCUUAUAAAGAACAAAACAUUCCUUUUUGGGGUAUAACCACUGGUAACGAACCUCUUACAGCUUAUGGUCAGAAAAAAAUUCCAUCUGUAGCCUGGAACGUUGAACUAGCGAAAAAAUGGAUUAAAGAAAACCUUGGCCCAGCAUUGAGAAAAUCCGAAUUCUCCGAUAUCAAAUUGAUGAUGCUCGAUGAUCAGAGAUUACUAUUACCUAGCGCAGCCAACGAGUUACUCGAUGAUAAAGAAGUUGAUAAGUACGUAGAUGGUAUAGCUGUACACUGGUAUUCGGACUGGAUAAUAUCAACGAAAAAUCUAGAUGACACUAACGAUAAUCAUCCAGAAAAAUUCUUAUUAGCUACAGAGGCCUGUAAUGGAUAUAUGUUCAACGAUGUGUUAAUAGGAAAUUGGGAUAGAGGAGAAGCGUACGCGAAAAGUAUUAUAGAAGAUUUAAACCACUGGGUAACGGGAUGGACCGAUUGGAAUAUGGCUCUAAAUGUUGAUGGUGGACCAACAUUCAUCAACAACGUGGUUGAUUCUCCUAUUAUAGUGAACGCAGCCGCUAAUGAAUUCUACAAACAACCGAUGUAUUACGCUCUGGGUCAUUUUUCUAAGUUCAUUCCCAAAGGAUCGCUGAGACUGGAAUCCUCUUCGUUCGAUGACCAAGUUAACGUAGGAGCUUAUAGGAGACCUGACGGUGGAACAGUCGUGGUGGUUUUGAAUAAGGAUACCGAAGCUAAAAAUGCAACGAUAAGAGAUGCAUCAAACAGUAAAGAUAUCGAGAUUGCUUUAUCGCCCAAAUCAAUAACUUCGCUUGUAUUUUGGUAAAGUAAAAUAGCGGUUUGAAUUG